UGUGGAGUCAGCUGCAUCAGGACUCCCACUUCUGGACUGGAUUCAUAAGGGAUCAUGUUUUGAUGUUCAGAGGCCAGUGAAAGAUAAUGACAUGGACCUGGGAACUCUCCAAAACAACCUCAACAGCACCUUGGAUAAUGUUUAUGAAGAUGACCUGGGAUCUGUUCACCCUGGGACCCUUUCUAAUGGCAUCCCUAUCUGCAAUGGUGAGCAGGCCAACCUGACGAUCCAGGGUGAUGUUGUCAAGCGUUCUCAGCCACUACUCAUCCAACCCAAUAGAAAACUGGUGGUGGGAGAGCCACGUGCCUUAUCUCUGCCCUCCAUCCCAAACCCUUUCCCAGAGCUCUGCAGCCCAUCCAACUCACCCAUCCUCAGCAGCGUCUCACUGGGGCCCGGCUCACAGCGAGAAGGUGGUUCUCACGUGGUGAAGGUCUACAGCGAAGAUGGCACUUGCCGCUCUUUGGAAGCCACAGCUGGGACCACAGCCCGCCAUGUCUGUGAGAUGCUGGUGCAGAAGACUCAUGCUUUGCAUGAUGAUUGCUGGGCCUUGGUAGAGGUCUAUCAGCACUUGGCCCUGGAGAGGAGCCUGGAAGACCAUGAAUCUGUGGUGGAGGUUCAGGCGACAUGGCCGGUUGGGGGUGACAGCAGGUUUAUCUUCCGAAAGAACUAUGCCAAGUAUGAGCUGUUCAAGAAUUCACCACAGUCCCUCUUCCCUGAAGUCAUGGUCUCCAGCUGCCUGGAUGCAGCCAGCAAAGGCAUGUCCCACUCAGAACUCAUACAGAAUGUGCUAAAUUCAGGAAGCUGCCCUGAAAUCCAAGGGUUCUUGCACCUGAAAGAAUUUGGGCGCAAAGUUUGGAAAAGGUUUUACUUUUUCCUCCGGCGCUCCGGGCUCUAUUACUCAACAAAAGGAACAUCAAAAGACCCACGACAUCUACAGUACUGCGUUGACAUAAAUGAAUCCAACAUCUACUAUAUCUACCAAGGAAAGAAGCAGUACAGCACCCCCACUGAGUAUGGCUUUUGCAUCAAGCCAUACAAGGCACGCAGUGGGGCAAAAAGUCUGAAGCUCUUCUGCAGCGAGGAUGAGCAAAGUCGCACAUGCUGGAUGGCUGCUUUCCGUCUCUUUAAGUACGGCAUACAACUGUACAGGAACUACCAGCAGUGUCAAGCACGGCAAAAGGAACCAGCCUGGACUGGCGUUGCACCCCUGCGGAGCGUGUCCGAUAACACUCUGGUGGCCAUGGACUUCUCAGGCUGUACGGGCCGAGUGAUCGAGAACCCCAAUGAGGCACUGACAGUAGCUCUGGAGGAAGCUCAGGCAUGGCGGAAGAAGACAACUCACCGGUACAGCCUGCCCACCCCGUUCCAGAGCUCUCCACUCAAUGCUGCCAUCCACAGAACGCAGGCGUGGUUCCAUGGACACAUUUCUAGAGAAGACACCCAGCGCCUUAUAAUCCAGCAAGGACUAGUGGACGGGGUAUUCUUGGUGCGGGAGAGCCAGCGGAACCCCAAAGGCUUUGUCUUAUCGCUCUGUCACUUGCAGAAGGUGAAGCACUACCUUAUACUUCCGAGUGAGGAAGAGGGGCGCCUAUACUACACCAUGGAUGAUGGCCAAACUCGCUUUGCUGACCUGAUCCAGCUGGUGGAAUUUCACCAAAUCAACCGCGGCAUCCUGCCUUGCAAGCUGAAGCACUACUGCACGUGUGUUGCCUUGUGAGAGGUUGUCUUUCCAGCUGGUCUGCCCCAUGCCCCACCCUACGAUUGGCCAUGGCCAGCAACAGGGAGGAGAGCUGGGGAGCAGGCCUUUUUGAACGCUGUACACCGGGAUCGACUCCAAAUUUUCAACUGCUCCUUGACCCCACCUUCAGCUGCACGUGCAGCAAGUGACCAAGGAAGGACCUGCUUUGAGCCCUCUCCUUCAGCCACACACUAGGAAGCCUUGAAAUCCGAAGCAAAGCCGAGGGUGGACUUGAGGUCACGGUGCUGGCAAUUCACUAGAGGAGAGGGAACUCCUCUGUGGCCCUGUGGCUUUCUCCUUCCCCAGGAAAAGGGGAACUGCACCCCUCUGCCCACUGAGCAUUCAGGGCUCUCUGUGUGCUCUGAGCUCGAGCUUCCUUUGGCACCACUUCUGAGAAAUGUUGCUGGUUCAGUUCCUGUAUCCGCAGUGUGAUUCCAGAAUUCCAAUAUUGUUGUCCUGCAGGUUUGUCAGUGUUUUUUAUAAUGUUUCAGAAUCCCAGAUUGACCGGAGACAACAGUAGGGCAAAAGACAUAUUGGAUGCUUAUCAUGGGAAUUGAUUCCUCCGCAAACUGCUUUCAGUUCUCUUAAAAACCGUGCCUUGUCUCAAGUUUCUAUGGGUGCUGCUGCCUUUGUUAGUCAAGGAACUGAUUCCUUUAUUGCUCAGUCUUUCCUCUCUGGUGUCUAGCAUCCAAGUUUAUUCAAGUGAUGCUGAACCAUAGGCAGCAGGUGGCAAAGUGGGGUGGGAUAGGGUGGAUAUCAGGCAGGGAUCUAUGGGACAGGCCUGAAGCCAUCCAGCAACAGGAGGAAAAAUGGGGAUGACAGAAAAGCCAGACCAGCCCUCAAACCUUUUAGAGCUCUACCGGGAGAUCCAUGGGCUGUGGCGUCAUCCUGGAGGAUAUUGUAACCUGGGAACACUCCGGUCUGAGCGGCUGUCCACAUGGGGAAGCAGCAGAGCACCAAGGCAAAGGUCCUUGGUCCCAGCCCCCGUGGCUCCCCACACACAUGAGUGCUGUUACAUCUAAGCAUCACAGACAAGGAACUGAGAGUGGAAGAGUUGGUUUUCUCUCUCCGCACAAAAGAAUAGAAAUACCCUGGGGCUGAGAGCGGUGGAAGCAAGAAAGCUCUGCCACUGUUAUUGCGCAAAUCUAUGAGGCCAGUAUAAACUGUGAUAAGUUGUGUAUAUAGAAGUGAAGAUAAUAAAUGUUACUUUUUUUCAUACCUUUGCUUUGGUUUUAUACUCAAAUUAAUUGUCAGAAAUGAACAAGCUAGCAGCAACCAUUAAAAUGAAUAACAAAAAUCACUCUGUAAAGAAUUAAAAAAGUAAUUUUAUCUCUAUUUAUCUAAGAGACAAAACUUC